AUCAUAAUAGUAAGCCUCUACUUAAUAAUCUUCGAAUCCCUGAGAUCUCUCUCCUUGUGCCUUCUCCUUCGCAAUUUCAAGUUUAUAUAAUCGUCGUCUCCGAUAAAGAUCUUACUACGUUCAUGGAAGGAAAUUUCUUUAGGUUUGAUGCUCAACGAGCACAUGGUGAUGGGUUUGUAUUGAAACAAAAGCCGAAUCAUAUCGCGGUUCCAACGGAACACGAAAGUGGUUGUUUUGAUUGUAACAUAUGUUUAGAAACGGCUCAUGAUCCUGUUGUGACUCUCUGUGGACAUCUAUAUUGUUGGCCUUGUAUUUAUAGAUGGUUAGAUGUGCAGAAAUCAUCUUCUUUUUCUAUUAUCCAGCAGCAAAAUUGUCCUGUAUGCAAAUCUAACAUCUCCAUUGGUUCGUUGGUUCCUCUUUAUGGAAGAGGCAUGUCUUCAUCUUCAUCGUCUUCAGAACUUACGAUUAUACCUCAAAGAACCGCUUCAUCGCUAAACCCGAGCUUGCAACAUCAUCAUCAAGCUCACUCUUCUCGUCAUUACGGUGGCUUUACUGCAACGGAAUCAUCAACUGAUCUUGCAAAUGCGGUUAUGAUGAGUUUCUUGUACCCGGUUAUCGGAAUGUUUGGGGACAUGGUGCACACGAGGAUAUUUGGAACGUUUACUAACACUUUGGCUCAUCCUUUCCAAAACAUGCGAUAUAUCAAUGGGAACAACAACCAGAGGAUGGUGCAGAUGGAGAAGUCUCUACAUCGGGUAUCGAUAUUCUUCCUUUGCUGCAUUCUCCUCUGUCUCUUUUUGUUUUGAGUCACUACCUUUGUUUAUUCUUCUAGCUCCCGUUUUCUGUACAGUCUGUGAUGUACAUAUCCUACUUGGUCUAGAGCUGUAUAAGCCAUUGUUUGUCGUUGUUCCUAAAGUAUUCAUACAUUUAUACAUAGUUGUGCAUGUAUCUC